UUUUCUCCCACCCGGAUGCGCAUAUAAAAACCGCCGAAACCCUUGGCUCUCCUCACUUGACCACCGCAACCACUUCUCCCCUGUUUCCUCUCGUGCAUUCUCCGUGGGAAGCGAGGAGGACUCGCGGCCGGCGGCAGGUUCUGCUAGAUCUCCGGAAUCUGUAGCAAAUGGCUGACGGCGAGGACAUCCAGCCCCUUGUUUGUGACAAUGGAACUGGCAUGGUCAAGGCUGGUUUUGCUGGUGACGAUGCGCCAAGGGCUGUUUUCCCAAGCAUUGUUGGACGUCCCCGACACACUGGUGUGAUGGUUGGCAUGGGGCAGAAGGAUGCGUAUGUUGGUGAUGAGGCCCAGUCCAAGAGGGGUAUCCUGACUCUGAAGUACCCAAUCGAGCAUGGUAUUGUUAGCAACUGGGAUGACAUGGAGAAGAUCUGGCACCACACCUUCUAUAAUGAACUCCGUGUUGCGCCUGAAGAGCACCCUGUGUUGCUGACCGAAGCCCCACUCAACCCCAAGGCUAACAGGGAGAAGAUGACCCAGAUCAUGUUUGAGACCUUCAAUGUUCCUGCCAUGUAUGUCGCCAUCCAGGCUGUGCUUUCCCUGUACGCCAGUGGACGUACAACUGGUAUUGUGUUGGACUCUGGUGAUGGUGUGAGCCACACGGUGCCAAUCUAUGAAGGUUAUGCCCUUCCUCAUGCCAUCCUGCGUCUCGACCUUGCUGGGCGUGACCUGACUGACAGCCUGAUGAAGAUCCUCACUGAGAGAGGUUACUCCUUCACCACCACUGCCGAACGGGAAAUUGUAAGAGACAUCAAGGAAAAGCUCGCGUACGUGGCUCUUGACUACGAGCAGGAGCUGGAAAGCGCCAAGAGCAGCUCAUCUGUGGAGAAGAGCUACGAGCUGCCUGAUGGUCAGGUGAUCACCAUUGGGGCAGAGAGGUUCAGAUGCCCUGAGGUCCUCUUCCAGCCUUCCUUCAUUGGUAUGGAAGCUCCUGGCAUCCAUGAGACCACCUACAACUCCAUCAUGAAGUGUGAUGUGGAUAUCAGGAAGGACUUGUAUGGUAACAUUGUGCUCAGUGGUGGCACGACCAUGUUCCCUGGUAUCGCGGACCGUAUGAGCAAGGAGAUCACUGCCCUUGCCCCGAGCAGCAUGAAAAUCAAGGUGGUGGCACCGCCUGAGAGGAAAUACAGUGUCUGGAUAGGAGGAUCCAUCCUCGCCUCCCUGAGCACCUUCCAACAGAUGUGGAUCUCAAAGGCUGAGUACGAUGAGUCAGGACCCGCGAUUGUUCACCGGAAGUGCUUCUAAGCUUAAGGCCCAUCCCCACUUCGGCUCCAUUUAUGUAUUCCUUUCCAGCGAGUGCUUUUCAUGUAAGCUACUAUGUUUGAGAUUGCCAGCCUAUUGAGGAGGCAAUGUUGUUGGAUUUAUAUUUUGUGGCUCACUACAAUGCCAUGCAUUGCUCCAGCUCCUUUCCAUGCCAAGUUUGUUGCUAGUGGUGAAAACAUCAACCACAAAAAAAGAGGUCGGAAAUUAUUAAGGUACCUAGGAUCAUAUUGUAAUUGUACUUGUGCGAGUAACAUUAUUGGUUCUCUUUGUACAUCCAUCUCUGAGACAUGCAAUGCAAUUUGUUUGAUUGGUUGCCGCUUC